AUGAAUUGCACAUAUCAUUUUCAAAAUCCCAUCACGUUAAUAUGUACAUCUCCUCACAAGUGUGAAUUUCAAAGAAAACUUUGUGUUGAAUGCCUAUAUGAUCAUGGAGUAGAUGUCAAACAAGCGGUUCCGAUUAAAAAAUUUCAAGAGAUGGUGCUCAAGAAAUUAAAAGAUUGUAACCUUGAUGAGACAUUUGAGCUAACCACAAUAAGAUUGGCUUUUAAAUCCAUGAUCUCCCAAACAGAAAGUAUGUUGAAGAAAAUUUGGGAAGAAUUGUCAGAAUUAAUAAAAUAAAUUUACGAUUGGAUCGAACAGGAAAAUAAAUCAUACUAUAAUCUUCUCAACGAAAAUAUAGUAGAAUCCUCAUAUACUGAUUUAGAAAAAUUAAUAUAGAUUUUAGAAGAGAAGACCUUAGAUGAUUGGAAUGAAAAGAAAAUUUCAUAUUUGAAAAUAUUGGAAGAGCACAAGAUUUUAUGGGACCUAGAUGUCUAGGCUUUUUGCGAAUUGCAAAAGGAAAAUAUCCAAACGAUUAGAUCAUUAUUUGAGUAAUAUUUUAAUCUUAUUCUAGAUUACAAACUCAAUCUUAUGAAGAAGAAAACUAAUUUUUUGAGAUGAAAAAUGAUCUUUAUGAAAUAUUUAUUUACACUCAGGAUAUUGACGAAUUGAUAUUAAAUAGAAUUAUUGAAACAUUAAAAAGAGAUUAAGUUUCAGACAUCCAAGAAUUUCUCUCCAUAAUAGACAAUCAAAAUUUGUGUUAAUAAUAUACAAAUAAGUAAUAGAAUAUAAGAGAUGUAAGAAAGAAACUAAAAAAAAUCAAAAAUGUGUUGACAAAUAUUUUGAAUCAUCCCUUUAGUAAAAAUGAGUAUUCAUCUCAAACUUACAACAAGGAAAAAUAGGAUCUAAUAGUUAAAAUAGCAAAAAAUAAAGAGAUCAUAGCUUUUAUAAAAUUUCUAGUUAAACUAACAGCAUUCGACAAGUAAUAUAUUUAAAGUGGAUCCAAUUCACUUCACUUAUUGGUGAUGAUGAAAGUUGAUAUUACAGACCAUUGUUUUGAAAACAUAAAUAUCAAGAAUACAUCAUUAGUUGGUGCAAAUAUGGUAAGAUGUAUUUUCAAUGGAUCAGUAUUUGAUAAUGUUGAAAUCAGCGGAGUAAAUUUGAAUGGAGCUUAACUAUUUAAUUGUAAAUGGAGAAACAUAAAAAUAUAGGAAUUAAAUAAAUUAGAUGGCCAUAGUAGCUCUAUAAAUUCAGUAUGCUUUUCUCUUGAUGGAAUUACAUUAGCAUCUGGUAGUUAUGAUAACUCUAUCCGUUUAUGGGAUGUUUAGACAGGAUAAUAAAAGGCCUAAUUGAACGGUCAUGAUAAUUGUGUAAAUUCGGUAUGCUUCUCUCUUGAUGGAACUAUGUUAGCAUCUGGUAGUUAUGAUAACUCUAUCCGUUUAUGGGAUUAUUAGACAGGAUAAUAAAAGAGCUAAUUGAAUGGUCAUGAUAAUUGUGUAAAUUCUGUCUGCUUCUCUCUUGAUGGAACUACAUUAGCAUCUGGUAGUAAUGACAACUCUAUCCGUUUAUGGGAUGUUUAGACAGGAUUGUAAAAAUUCAAGUUGGAUGGUCAUGAUAAUUGGGUUUAAUCAGUAUGCUUCUCUCCUGAUGGAGAUACAUUAGCAUCCGGAAGUUAUGAUAAAUCUAUACGUUUAUGGGAUGUGAAGAUCGGAUAAUAAUUGGUCAAAUUGGAUGGUCAUAUAGGAUAUGUAAUGUCAGUAUGCUUCUCUCCUGAUGGAAAAACAUUAGCAUCAGGAAGUUAUGAUAAGUCUAUACGUUUAUGGGAUGUUAAAACAAAAUAAUAAUAGGCAAAAUUGGAUGGUCAUGAUAAUUGGGUCUAUUCAGUAUGCUUCUCUCCUGAUGGAAAGACAUUAGCAUCUAGUAGUUAUGAUAAUUCUAUCCUUUUAUGGGAUUUGAAGACAGAAUAAUAAAUUAUCUAAUUGGAUGGUCAUAGUAAUUAUGUACGAUCAAUUUGCUUCUCUCGUGAUGGAGAAAAAUUAGCAUCGGGCAGCGAUGAUAACUCCAUUCGUCUUUGGGAUGUUAAGAUAAGAUAAUAAAACGAUCAUAGAGAUUAUAUCUUUUCGUUAUGUUUCUCUCGUGAUGGCACUAAAUUAGCAUCUAGUAGUGAAGAUCAGUCUAUCCGUGUAUGGGAUGUUAAGACAGGAAAAUAAAAGGCAAAAAUGGAUGGUCAUAAAAAUUUUAUCAACUCAGUAAUUUUCUCUCCAGAUGGAACUAUAUUAGCAUCUGGCAGUUCUGAUAAGACCAUUCGUUUAUGGGAUGUUAUGACGGGAUAAUAAAUAGUUUAAUCAGAUUGUCACUGUAGUGGAGCCAAUUCAUUAUGCUUCUCUCCUGAUGGAACUAAAUUAGCAUCUAGUUGUGAAGAUCAGUCUAUCCUUGUAUGGGAUGUUAAGACAGGAAAAUAACAGGCAAAAAUGGAUGGUCAUAAAAAUAUUAUCAACUCAGUAAUUUUCUCUCCAGAUGGAACUAUAUUAGCAUCUGGCAGUUCUGAUAAGACCAUUCGUUUAUGGGAUGUUAUGACGGGAUAAUAAAUAGUUUAAUCAGAUUGUUACUGUAGUGGAGCCAAUUCAUUAUGCUUCUCUCCUGAUGGAACUAAAUUAGCAUCUAGUUGUGAAGAUCAGUCUAUCCGUGUAUGGGAUGUUAAGUCAGGAAAGUAACAGGCUAAAAUAGAUGUUCAUAAAAGUUUUAUCAACUCGGUAAUGUUCUCUCCUAAUGGGAAAACUUUAGCAUCUAAUAAUAAUGAUAAUUCUAUCCAUUUAUGGGAUGUUAAGAGUUGGAAGGAAAUUCAGCCUUCAGACAAAAAUUACAAUGAUUUAAUAGCAUAAUUCAAAGCCCUUAUCAUUUAAAACAAUCCUCUACCAAGUAAAUUUUUGUUAAAUUUUGAUUUAGUCACUCCUCCUCUAACUAUUUUAAUUAUAUCACAAUAAGCAAUAUUUUAAGCAUAAGGGGCUUUAAUUUUGAAAGGAGAAUUUAUAAAUCAUUAAUAGAAAGAUAUGAGACCAUUACUGCAAUCUAAAGGUAGUUGUAUUUUGGAAAAUUAAAUAGAAUUAAACAAAAAAUAGAAAUGA